AUGCCACUUGUCGACUACAGCAGCGUCCUUGCGGCCCUCCGCGCCCAACAAGCCGAGCAACCACUCUCGAUCCUCGCCCUGGCUGAGCCGAUUAUAGCAUCCCAAUCGCAAUCACAGUCUCAAUCGACUUCCCACCCUCAAUCCCGCCCAUCAGACACAUCCAACUCCCUGUCCCAAACCGCUUCAGACCCCGACCCAUCGCUCCUAACAUCGGCGUCUCUCUCCGCAGACCUGACGCACUACAAAAACCUCUUCUCUAAACUCCGCUUCAGUUACCUCGAGCAAGUAACCAAGGAGAAAUACCUGCGCAGCAUCGUAGGGGACCCGCCCCUUGUUGUAUCUCACGAUGACAACCUCGUGCUCGAAGACAAGUUGGCCGGCAUGAAGACCGAGCUGAAAGGCAAGAAAGCAGAAGUCGACGCCCUAGUCGCGGAGAUGGAAGAGACGGCCAAGCUUCUUGCGACGAGUUACGAAAGCGUCAAUGAAGGGAUGCAGACACUGGAACGAGUACCGCCGGAAAUCGAGCGACUGAGAAAUGAGAUCGAGAAACUGCAAUCUGAAAUCGUGACACGGAGAGGAAACCAUGAUGACGGCCAUAGUCCCAAACCAUCCAAAGAUCCGAGAAUGAAUAUGUCUCUGGACGAGACUGAACAGGCUUUAGCGGAGCUGCAAAGCCGUAACGAAGAGAUAGAUCGUCAGAUCGACUCGCUUCAGCGCCAGAUGCCCGGGAAAAUUAGAGAUGUGGAAAGAAUGGAUCGCGAGCUGGCGGAGUUGGAGAAGAAGCGCAAUGAGAGUUCGAGGUUAGCUAUGGAGGUUAGGAGGCGGAGAGAACUUGGUGGGAGAGACGAGAUGGAGGAUUUGGGAAAGUGGUAUCGAGAUUCGGAGAGCGUGUUGAGGUGCCUCUUGGAUGUGCAGAGUUGA